CUCAGUGCGGCUCAUAAUAUGGCUCCGUGAGGUGCGCGCGGCCUCGGUUCCCGUCGACGGUUGAGGAAAGGUGGAGGAAGGAGAAGGAAAACCAGGAGCCGUUGCACGCCGUGACGUCAUCGUCGCCACCCUUAACUCUUCCGUACCCGGUGGUCCCCAUGCGCAGGCGCCAAGGCUGCUCCCGUCGCCGCCGCGCCGUUCCCGAAGCACCCCCGGCAGCAUGAGCCAGACCGCCGCCGCUUUGGCCGCCCCGGGCCCGGCCUCCCGCGCUCUCCAUGUGGAGCUGCCCUCCCAGCAGCGGCGCCUUCGGCAUCUGCGGAAUAUCGCGGCGCGGAACAUCGUCAAUAGGAACGGCUUUCGCCUUUUGGAUACUUAUUUCACCCUUCACUUGUGUGACAAUACAAAGAUCUGUAAAGAAUUCUACAGGAGCGAAGUAAUAAAGAACUCUCUGAAUCCAACAUGGCGGAGUCUUGACUUUGGUCUAAUUCCUGAUCGCCUCGACACGUCCGUGUCCUGCUUUGUGGUGAGGAUAUGGGGUGGCAAGAAAGACUCUUACCAGCUGCUGAUCGAGUGGAACGUCAAUCUAGACGGCCUCAAGUAUUUGGGCCAGCAGAUCCAUGCUCGUAGUCCAAACGAAGUCAUUUUUGGACUUAACGACGGUUACUACGGAGCCUCCUAUGAACAGAAGGGUCAGUCAGGAAUCCAGAAGAACAGCCUGCUCCAGGUGGAUCAGAACUGUGUUCGGAACUCGUAUGACAUCUUCUCUUUGCUUAGGCUCCACCGGGCUCAGUGUGCAAUCAAACAGACUCAGGUGACUGUUCAGAAAAUAGGAAGAGAGAUUGAAGAGAAGCUGAGGCUGACGUCGACAAGCAACGAACUGAAAAAAGAGAGCGAGUGUUUACAGUUGAAGAUUUUGGUGCUUCGGAAUGAGCUGGAGAGGCAGAAGAAAGCUCUGGAUCGAGAGGUGGCUUUACUGCAUAAGAAGCAAAGCGCGCUCUAUGAGCGAGGAAACGUGUUUGAAGAGGAAUAUCAGAAGCUGCAGAUGGCUAAAGAACCCCUGCAGGAGUCGAGGAAAGAGUGCACAGCUAAGAGAGAGCAAUUCUUGAAGACCAAUGCUCAGUUGACCAUCAGAUGCCGGCAGUUGCUGUCAGAGCUUUCCUAUAUUUACCCAAUUGAUUUGAAUGACCAAAAGGAUUAUUUUAUCUGUGGAGUCAAGUUGCCCAAUUCUGAAGACUUCCAAGCAAAGGAUGAUGGGAGCAUUGCGGUUGCCUUGGGCUACACGGCUCACCUGGUCUCCAUGAUUUCCUUCUUCCUGCAAGUGCCACUCAGGUAUCCGAUCAUCCACAAGGGCUCCAGGUCCACUAUCAAAGACAAUAUCAACGACAAGUUGAUGGAGAAGGAAAGGGAAUUUCCUCUGAAUCCAAAAGGAGGAGAGAAACUGCAGUUUGAGUACGGAGUCUAUCUUCUCAACAAAAACAUUGCACAGCUAAGAUACCAACAUGGGCUGGGGACCCCAGAUCUACGGCAAACCCUUCCUAACCUGAAGAACUUCCUGGAGCACGGGCUCAUGGUCAGGUGCGACCGGCAUCACAUUUCAAGUGCUAUUCCAGUUCCAAAGAGGCAAAGUUCUACAUUCGGGGCUUUGGACCCUGGCUUCUCUGGCAGCCAUCCUUCUCCAGAUAAGGGACUCCGAAAGCGGGCCAACUCGGAUAACGAGAGACUUCAGUACAAGACUCCCCCACCAAGUUACAACUCUGCUUUAACCCAGCCCGUUGCCAUUGUAGGAGAACCUGACAGAAACGUGGGUUCGUUGUCCUCCUCUUUAGACACCUCCAUUGACUUCUCAAAAGAAAACAAAAAGGGAGAAGGGUUGAAUAGCAGCUUAAAUGGAGAAAGCAGGAGCCCAAACGUUUCCCGGAAGCAGCAGGAAUCUUUCCUCGGAUCCUCUCCUGCAAUGAACGGCGCGGCACUGCCCAGCGAGUGCCCUGGGUCUGCUGCCAAUGAGCUGCCUUGCCCGUUCCGCAGCCCCCUUGGGGCCGACCUGCUCUGCACGGUCGAGCAAGCCGAAGAGAUCAUCGGGAUGGAGGCGACCGGGUUCAGCACGGGGGACCAGCUCGAAGCCUUCAACUACAUCCCUGUCGACAACGCCGUGGCGGUGGAGUGUGACGAGCAAGUCCUGGGGGAAUUUGAAGAGUUCUCCCGAAGGAUCUACGCCUUGAACAAGGACGCGCCCACCUUUCGCAGGCCGCGGAAGAGUUCCGACAAGUGAGCGCGGAGUCCCAGAGCCGCAGCGGUGGCGGCAGCAUGUUACCAAGGCGAACUAUCCAUCUGGAACGAAGAUAAAACUUGCACUCAAGAUCUCUGACAUUUAUGAGUCGGGGAUGGGGGUUGUGGGGAGGAGAGACAAGACGCUGUAAUUUGGGGAGGGUGGCUCAAUCUUUAUUGAAACGCAUUGACCACAUUUAUUACACACGAUCAUGGUAUAUCUACAGUCCAGGUAAACAUAUACCACUUCCUGUCCUAAUUUUCUAUAUUUACACUUUUCUCUGGUGAGUCAGAUCAGUCAGGGUGCGUGUGUUGUCCGCUUAAAUUUAUUAUUUCAUCAAGGCUGUGUGUGUGUGUGUCUUACCUUCUCAGCGGCUUCUUGCCUUCAGCCCACCCACACAAUCCUUUUCUAGUUCAGGGACCUGCUCAAAAACAACCAGUCAGUGCCACGGGGGCACCUGGCUCUCGCAGCCCCCUGGUAAAGCAUGCAAGAUCUCCUCUCCCCAUAUGGUUUCUUUCCCUUUAUCCCCCUGUAUUCCCGAUGUUCAUGUAUCUGAGCAGUGGCAUGAAUUGCUGAAUAAACAGGUCCGGGGCGGGACCUGCAAGCAAGAGCUUUAAUGUGUGGGAAAUUGUUCCAACUGCUGAUAGGUGAAGGAUUGGAGGUGCUGCGUGUGAUUAUGUGUGCGUUGAAUCUUCUCGAUUGUCCCCUCCAUCAUUGGACUGUUUGGCUUCUGUCCAUCACAAGUAUUAUGCUAAACUUGGUUUGUCUUGAGUGAGCAGAAGUGUGCUAACCUGUGUUCCCAGGUUAGGCCUGUAAAGUGAAGAUGCUGUUUUUGCAACAUUGGAGCCUGUCUGGGAGACGGCUCUUUGUAUGCCGAUGUAUCUCAAGGGAGCCAUUCUGCACCGCAGAACUACACCCUAAACAAAGAACGUUUUCAGACCCCCGUCAAGCUGUGAAGCAGUUUACAAACAAGCCAGCUGGCCUUCAGUGCAAUAAAUUCGGGGUUACGUUAAUUAAUGCCUCUCGGAGUCGACCAUUCAUGGUUGCACUUAAUUUUUCAAACAUUAAUCACCUGGACCAUCCCUGUGUUAAACAAUGAAAUGUCUCCAACACUCCAUCCAUGGGGCAAGUUUGAUUCUAGAUGAGGUAGUUGGCCACUGGCGGGCUCGUUUCCGACUGCACUAAUGUCCAAGCAGGUUUUGGAGACUGCUUGCAAUUCCUGACGAAAUGCAUUUUGGAGUUCAGAUGUCUCUGGCUCUCACUUUCUACAUUGUAUACUGAAGUCUGGGCUCAAUUGUGAGCUCAUAAAUAAAUAUAUAUAUAUAUGUAUAGCAGAAUAAAAGUUUAAUUUACUUCA